AAGCCCCACCAUGUCCCAACCCAACCGGCAGGAGUACAAGCGUGGGGACCUGGUGUUUGCCAAGAUGAAGGGCUACCCGCACUGGCCGGCCCGGAUUGACGAGGUGCCUGAGGUCACCGGGAAGUCCCCAGGCAAUAAAUAUCAGGUGUUUUUUUUCGGGACCCACGAGACGGCUUUCCUGGGACCCAAAGACCUGUUUCCUUAUGAGGAGUCCAAGCAGAAGCUGGGCAAACCCAACAAGAGGAAAGGCUUUGGCGAGGGGCUGUGGGAGAUUGAGAACGACCCCACAGUCAAGGCUUUUGGCUCCAACUUAGCCCAGAAAAAGAGCGACAAGAUAGAGGCCCAGCCCGCACCCACAAAUGGCGACGGCGAUAAGAAGGGAAAUGUGGAGGGAAGCAGUGAUGAAGAGGGGACGCUGGUCAUGAUCAUCGAUGAACCAGCCGCGGAGAAGGAGAAGGAGGCGCUGAAGAGGAGAGCCGGGGACCUGCGGGAGGAAUCCCCUAAACGUACCAAGGCUGCGGAAGCCCUUGAAGGGGAGAAGGCGAUGGUGGCCAUCUUGGAGGUGGAGCAGCCAGUGCCGGUGGAAGAGGAGGAGGAAGAGAACGCCGUGGCCUCUGAGCUGCCUCAGGAGAAAGAGGAGGAGAAAGAUGUCGCCAAGAAGGAGGCUGAGGCCCAGCAGGAGAGAUUGGUGAACUCUUCAGCUUGAAGUCUGAGAAAUAUGAAACAGAAAGCCCAGGACACUCAUUGUCAUGUGAUCCUCAAGUCUGGAGACCCAUGACUGAUCCAACAUCUUUUCUCUACCAUCAGGAUCAUAAUUUUAUAUUGUUUUAUAUAAGGUGUCCAUGGUGUUAAAGAUUACUUAUCAGAAUAGCAAAAAACAUGUCUAUUCCAAUUUUCUAAAAGUCAAUAUCUAAAGAUAUCUUUUAAACUAAAGAAAAUAUCCCAGCUAUUUGCUAAAUAAAAAGUACUGUUUAA